AUGUCUUCCCAUUGUGAAGAAACAGAAGAAGAACAAAUAUCAAGAAUUGAGAAAGGCAAUGGCACAGAUUGCCAUGGAGGAAUCGAGACGGUCAUAUGUACUUCUCCUAGCAUUGUUUGUCUUACCCAAAAGUUGAUAGCAGAGAUGAUUGGGACAUAUUUCAUAAUAUUCUCUGGAUGUGGAGUGGUGGUAGUGAAUGUUUUGUACGGUGGAACGGUAACGUUUCCGGGGAUAUGUGUGACUUGGGGUCUCAUUGUUAUGGUCAUGAUUUACUCUACCGGUCACAUUUCCGGUGCACAUUUUAACCCGGCCGUCACCGUCACUUUCGCUGUUUUCCGACGAUUUCCUUGGUAUCAGGUACCAAUGUAUAUAGGUGCACAACUUACUGGAUCGUUACUAGCAAGUUUGACAUUAAGACUAAUGUUCACAUUGACACCCAAAGCAUUCUUUGGGACAACUCCGACUGAUUCAUCGGGGCAAGCACUCGUUGCCGAGAUCAUUAUCUCAUUUCUCCUCAUGUUUGUUAUCUCCGGCGUUGCCACGGAUAGUCGUGCGACCGGAGAACUAGCUGGAAUUGCCGUGGGAAUGACUAUAAUCUUGAACGUCUUUGUAGCCGGACCUAUAUCGGGAGCGUCCAUGAAUCCAGCGAGAAGCUUAGGACCAGCAAUAGUGAUGGGAAGGUAUAAAGGCAUUUGGAUUUACAUUGUUGGUCCCUUCGUCGGAGUUUUCGCCGGAGGUUUCGUUUACAACUUUAUGAGAUUCACGAAUAAGCCACUCCGGGAACUCACUAAGAGCGCUUCGUUUCUUCGUAGCGUUGCUCCUAAAGACAAUGAUUCUAACUCUACUAGGAGCUAAUUCUAACUCUACUAGGAGCUAAUAAUCUUUGUUUGAUCUUAUUUGUAUGCAUUCCUAAAAUUCUUUGAUUAACUUAAGUUUUAGUUGGAUUGAGUCGAAAUGUUUGUACAAUGUGUGAAUCCUUAAAGAACAGCAUAAAAACACAACAUCAGCUACUUACUUAUUCACCACAACAAUAUCAUUACCUUAUUCUUUUGGAAACAAGAAUCUGAUCCUUAUUUACCUCCAAAGAAUGUCCCGGCUAAGAGACACCAACUGGAAAA